AAAAAUAUCGCCUCACACCGAGUCCGCGACCCUCGACGUCAUCGAGUCAUCAUUCCCAAUAAGGGAUCCGAAUAUUAUCUUUACAUAUAAAAACGAUACAAGCAAUCCACAUCCAUUACCGGAUCACGCCUUUUCCUCUCAAUUUUUGGCGUUUCGUUCGAGUUCUGGUUUCGUUUGUGCGUGAGAGAAAAUGGAGAAAGCAAUCAAGAGACAGCAAGUUCUUCUCGAUCACCUCCGUCCUUCUUCUUCUUCUUCACACAGCUAUGAAUCGGCUGUCUCUGCAUCAGCUUGUUUAGCUGGAGAUAGUGCUGCUUACCAAAGGACUUGUGCUUAUGGGGACGAUGUAGUGAUAGUGGCAGCUUAUCGGACUGCACUUUGCAAAUCAAAACGUGGAGGUUUCAAGGAUACUUUCCCUGAUGACUUGCUCGCACCUGUUUUGAGGGCAUUGAUAGAGAAAACAAAUGUAAAUCCUAGCGAAGUUGGGGACAUUGUCGUGGGUACCGUGUUGGCUCCUGGAUCUCAAAGAGCAAGUGAAUGCAGAAUGGCUGCUUUUUAUGCUGGUUUCCCUGAGACUGUGCCCAUUAGAACUGUGAACAGACAAUGUUCAUCCGGGCUUCAGGCAGUUGCUGAUGUUGCCGCAGCUAUUAAAGCUGGAUUUUACGACAUCGGUAUUGGAGCUGGAUUGGAGUCUAUGACGGUUAAUCCAAUGGCUUGGGACGGAUCAAUCAAUCCAAAAGUAAAGACAUUUGAACAAGCACAAAAUUGUCUUCUGCCGAUGGGUGUUACCUCAGAAAAUGUUGCACAUCGUUUUAGUGUGACAAGACAGGAGCAAGAUCAGGCUGCGGUGGACUCUCAUAGGAAGGCGGCUGCUGCUACUGCUGCUGGUAAAUUUAAAGAUGAAAUAGUCCCUGUGGCCACAAAGCUUGUGGACCCCAAAACUGGUGAGGAGAAACCAGUGACAAUCUCUGUUGAUGAUGGCAUUCGGCCCAACGCCUCUUUGUCGGAACUGUCCAAACUUAAACCUGUAUUCAAGAAAGACGGGACCACAACUGCUGGGAAUUCUAGUCAAGUGAGCGAUGGUGCAGGUGCUGUCCUCCUCAUGAGGAGAAGUGUUGCAAUGCAGAAAGGGCUACCCAUCCUUGGUGUAUUCAGGACUUUUUCUGCUGUUGGCGUGGAUCCUGCCAUCAUGGGUGUUGGCCCAGCUGUUGCAAUUCCUGCUGCUGUUAAGGCUGCUGGUCUUGAACUUGAUGAUAUCGACCUUUUUGAGAUAAAUGAGGCAUUUGCUUCCCAAUUUACAUAUUGCCGCAAGAAGCUGGAACUGGACCCUGAAAAGAUCAAUGUUAAUGGAGGUGCAAUGGCCAUUGGGCAUCCCUUGGGUGCAACAGGUGCUCGAUGUGUGGCUACGCUACUGCAUGAGAUGAAGCGGCGUGGUAAAGACUGUCGCUUUGGCGUGAUAUCAAUGUGCAUAGGCACUGGGAUGGGGGCUGCUGCUGUGUUUGAAAGAGGGGAUGCCGCUGACGAUCUGUGCAAUGCAAGGAAGGUGGAAAGCAACAGUCUUUUGUCAAAGGAUGCUCGAUAGAAGUACAUUCUCUCUUGCGAGUCCAACUCCUAUCAAUAAUGUAUUGGCUAAUUUGGCUGGGCUAGAAGUUAUUAAUAAACCCUUGUAAUAAUGGAGUUGUUUUGCGUCCCAAGUCUAGCGUAUUGCCCUAUACAACUACCCAAGCCCAUACUUUUACCAGACCAGGUGAAUUACUAGGUAUCAAAUCUUCAAAAAGGAUGAACAGCAUUGUUGGGCCAUCACUGUCUUUAUUUGUGUUCCUUUUGUCCCUUAGAAAUCCCAAAAUUAUAUUACCCAGGUACCAUUUUUAAAGAGUGAUCAAUUGUAGAAAAUUUCACCU